AUGGAAAAAUAUAAGACCUCUGAGAAAAUAGAGCAGUGGAUUAAGGACAAGAUGACCCACAAGCUCAUCAACACCAAGAGAAACAAAGACAAAUAAUAGUCUCAAUAAGGUCUUUAAUAAAUACGACUCCUUAAUGAGCAAGUAUAAAAUCUCAGCAGACCAGAACAAAGCUCUUAGGACCAAUAAAUCUCAAAAGAAAGUCAAUGCAAAUGGCUUACAGGGAAAACAUAUGAGGACUAUUGAUACUAAGAGGGUCUUCCCGAGUACUAACAAGAGUGGACAUGAUCCUUAUAAAAUUCAAAAUGUGUUCAAUAAACGAAAGAUAAGCUCACCCUCCCCACACUUGAACAACGUGAAUUCUUAUAUAAAUUAUAACCAACACUCCAACUUCCCUCAAAGUCCUUCUUCUUGAAGCAAAUAAAAGUCAUAAUCUGAGUUCUGAGAAUCUUAAAAAUCUGAAAUCUAAUCGUUCAAAGCGCAAGGCGCUUUAUCGAGAAAGAAGUGACCAGGGAUCUCUUAAGAUCUCCCCAACAACGCCUACAGCUCCAAAUCCAACAUUCAGCCAAAAGAAAGGAAAAUUUAUUCUCCCCGCAACUGAGGCUUCUAGGAGACGUAAUCUAUUCAAAGACAAAAAUUGUUCAUCCAAUUCAAACCACCUGCGUUCCCAAAGCAUUGAAUCCCAAAUUUCCCCAAACCUCAAAGUAAACAUCUGGGCAAAUGAGCAGAAGAACAAGAUUCAUCGGUACAGGAAAACUGAAGAAAUGAGAGGAGUCCUUAACCGCCAGAAGGAAGAAAAGUUAGCUAGAGAAGCCCUACAGCAACAAAAUACUAAAAAGGAACUACUCGAGAUGCAGGAUAAGAUAAAACAUUACCAAGAAGAACUUAAGACAGAGGCCAAGAGGAGAAGUUACAAAAAGAGCCAAGAGAAAGGGUUUAUGGAAGAGAGUAAGAAUCUCUACCAACUCAACAAGAAAUUACACAAAGAGCUUGACAGGAUGGAAACCAUGAAGGAAAAUCCUAAAUAUUUAGUAAAUAGAGACCAACAAGAACGCAAACUGUCCCAUAAAUAGAAGUUAUGCCAGGAAGGCCCUUGAUUCCUACUAUUUAAGCCAGAUUCAAGAAAAUAGACUAAGAAGCAGCCAGCUUAAAAAGAUUGAUCAAGAUAUGGCCAAUAAUACAAGGUCAUUCUUGGAGAAACUUAAUGAUCAAAAUGAGAAAGACCAUAAAGCAAAGAUAAAGAACUGCUUGGAAAAGAACCAAAAGAGACAAGAUAUAUUGAAAUCUCUCCUUCCUAAAGAUCCUCUUGAAGAUGAUAUCUCAAGAAAUGAAAUCCCUGGCCUUAUUCAGUUGCAAAAUUACAGAGAAGUCAAACGAAACAGAGAAACUAAAGCAGUCAGUUUAUAUAAUGCCAUGUCUCUACAAGGAAAGAAGAAACAUCUUACCAAACUUCCCAGAAUAAUUGAUAAAGACAGUAGUACUGGAUUAUUAUGGGAUUCCAACUCUCAUUUAGACACCAUCAUUAAGAAGGGAAAACUCAAUCAAGAAGGCCUAAAAUACUUAAGAAUGAAUCCUUUAGAGAAGAGAAAAGAUAUAGAUAGCACCUUGAAAGCAAUGAUAUCCCAAAAAGAUCAGAAAAAGCGUGAUCAGAAGGUCCUAGACGCUGAAGAAUAUAUCGAGACCAACAAAGAAAUGUAUUAUCCUCAAGGCCUAGAACUAUUCUAG